CUCGCCUUUGUUUCAUUGUUAGAAGCUUCUGAGUGUUUCCAGACUUGAUUUGUCAUUCAUGGAGACUUUGUAUCGCUGUCACACGCAUGCCACUCAGCCCACAACAUAACUAAACUUCACUGUAUCGCCUCCUCUGUGCGCUGCUGCGCGCCGUAGCCAUCGAGAGUAUUAUUAGCUUAGUCAUUACUGUACAGCAGCGGGCCAAAAAAUGCAACCAAUGCACACAUAUCUGUGGGCGUGUUGACGCUCAGCGGGGAGUUAAAAUAACCAGAGUCAUUUAAACGAGAGUCUGCAUCCACAUUGGGGUUUGAUGCAUUGAAGGUUGUCAUUUUGCCUUGAAUCUCUUCGUCAGGAGGGCCUCGGCCUGAGUGCAGUCAGUCAGUGCGCAUGGAUGCGCCUCCGGGACACCGUCCCGUUUUUUAUGCGUUACCGACGACGGGGCCGUGGCACGUCCUGUGCGCACUAGGCCGCAGUCAACACUGCGGACACACUGUACAACAAGCUGUCCCGAGCAGGCAUGGCAGAUGCAGAGCUGGACUUCCAGACGGGUGAUGCCGGGGCAUCCGCCACCUUCCCCAUGCAGUGCUCGGCCCUGCGCAAAAACGGCUUUGUCGUGCUGAAAGGCCGACCUUGCAAGAUCGUUGAGAUGUCCACCUCCAAGACUGGCAAGCACGGCCACGCUAAGGUCCACUUGGUUGGUAUCGACAUCUUCUCUGGGAAGAAGUAUGAAGAUAUCUGUCCCUCCACCCACAACAUGGACGUCCCUAACAUCAAGAGAAUGGAUUACCAGCUGAUCGGGAUCACGGAUGGCUACCUGUCCCUGCUCCAGGACAGUGGGGAAGUGAGAGAGGACCUGAAGAUCCCAGAGGGAGACCUGGGCAAAGAGAUAGAGAGCAAGCAUGAUGCCGGAGAGGAAAUCCUGAUCACUGUUCUAAAUGCAAUGGAGGAAGAAGCUGCAAUCGGCAUCAAAGCGUUGGGUAAAUAAGCCACCGCAGGUAAAUACAGAGACACAGCUGUAUCGACACACAGCUGUCCUCUCACCCCCCCCCCCCCCCCCCCCCCCCCCCCCCUCCCUCUAACCACCGCCUGACCCAAGCCUGCCUGAGGAGGAGCGUGUGUGUGUGCGUCAUAUAAAAUUAUAUAUGUGUGUGUGUGUGUGUGUGAGUUUGGGUGUUACACCCCAAGCCACCAGCAUGUGCCAUGCCAGUGCAGUAUGUAUGUGUGUGUGUGUGUGUGUGUGUGUGUGUGUGUGUGUGACGUCAUGCAGUUCAUCAGUGGAGCAAACGGGGGAGGUCGAGAAAAAGAAAACGCCACUUUAAAAUGUUACAUAUAUUUACAAUUAUACAUUUCCGCUAUACUGGAAAUAGUUUCUCCAUAUUAUUGCAUUGCAUAAGUAUGUUUUUUUUUUUGUGUAUAUAUUUGUUUGAACUGGACAUAUCGGUGACGAGCGGGAAAUUUUAUAACUGACGAAAUGUAACUGAGUCAAAAUUUGAAGCUUGUAUGAAAGGUCGCUGGUUACUUACCUGCCCCUUCAUUUGUUUUCAUGUUAACACUAUUAUGAGCAUGUGUACCUUUUAUUUUUUAUGUAGCACUAUGGAAUAUAAAUGAGAACUAUUGUAUUUUGGAGCAAUGUUGUAUUGUUUUUUUUUCCUGUGGCCAGCACUUCAUUUUACAGCCUGAUCUGAUAACGCGACGCUGAACGAGUAGCCGUUCGCUUCCUGUAUUUCCUGCUACAACUGUUGAAACUGUCUCCUGCACUUUCUUACCUGCAAAACUGUGGGGCUGUAGAAUAAAGUGUCCACUAAAAAAAAAAAAAAAAAAAAAGAAAAGCUGUCGGUUGUGCAACGUUUCCUCCACAAAGGCUAGUUGAAACACUAAUUGUCACUUUAAAAUUCCUUUUUUUUCCAUUUCUUUCUCUGAUUUCUCACUUUUCUUCCUUUUUUCUUCUUCUUCUUCUCUUUUCUUCCCCUUGUAAUUCUGUUUCAGGGGCAAAAACGAGAUGCACUGGACCUGGGGGGAAAAGGAGGGGAUGUUGCCUCGUCAAUGCUAUCCUCCCUCUUUUUUUUCUUUCUUUUAUGUCUUUUCUUUGUCAUACUCGCUCUCCCUCACUCUGUUUUCUGACCCGCUUUCGGGUUCAAUUAGAACUUUUAAUAAUUGGAAAUGUCAAACUGUAAAAAAACAAAACAAAAAAAACACCCCAUGUACAUGCACACAUAACUGUAAUAAAACAGUCCAGAUGUAUAAAGAAAAUAGGUCAGACUUGUCAGAGGAAGGUUUCUAAUGAUUGAGUAGCGAUUUGCCAUCAGGGGAAAACUGGUGAUAAUGUCACAACUGUAUUUUUUUUUUUUUUUUAAAUAUGUUCCCCUGUUUUAUGAAGGGCUUCAACUCUAAAUCUGUAUUGUUCUGUUGAGGCUUGUUCAGCGUGUGUGUGCCAUCCAGGAUUGGUACUGAAUACAAGACUAGAUCAUGUCUUUUCUGUAUGGCACUUUUCUCUUGGUGAUUCAUCUGAACAAGCCUUCCUUGUUGUUUAUUUUCUGGAACAUGUAUCACCUGAAACUUGUCUAUUAAACAAAAGGUUACCAACAUGGCGCACAGAGGUUUGGUUUCUAUUUGUCUCAAGGCUUUAACAAAAAAAAAAAAAAAAGAAAGUGUCAAAGAGAAACAAAAACCCUGCUUCAAGAACAUACAAAUUCAGCCAAACCUCCAUUUAACUUCAUUCACUUCUUAGAAACUCCUUGGCAGAGACACCUCAGCCCGGGGGACUUCACACUGAGCUUGUUUGGAGAAAAAAACGACUGGAUUGCAGAGUAUUAUUUGGAAGUACUCUUAGCAGACAAGUUGUGGCAGUUUGGUAUCCUUACUUUGUGUUCAUACAGCAAGUCCAAACUGUGCAGAAUGUCUCCAUGGCUAAAAACAAUAAAGAUGACACAAACUCUUGGA